AUGUCGAAUGCCCAAGGUUUUGUGGCCACCUCCUACUUGGCAAAGAAGGAGGAUGAUCCUUUGCUUGAUGUCUCCACCGUCCUGAAGGGUGUGUCUGCCGCAUCCUUGGAGGCUUUGAACUAUGUGGAUUACCUCAACAAGAAGUACGAUGAGGUCUCCAACAAGGUGGGCACGGCUGUGAACGAAGCGCUGGACUCCAACCAGGGCGAGACCACCACGACCGUGAAGGAUGCGCUAGGCACAGUGAAUGGUGCCAUCGACAGCUUCGACAAGGAUGUCGGCAUCAAGGACACCCUGGGCAGCUUGGUGCUGGCCGGGUCCGACUUGGCAGGCCAACUGGCCACCAAGGUGGUGGAGCUCAACACCGAGUACAAGGUCACCGACCAGUUGAAGGCUAAGAUCGACGAAGCGCUCGCGAGCUCCAAGAGCUCGUGA